AUUUUCACUUGCCCUAUACAGAUAUGGCCGCUCAAGGUGUCCUAUGGAGUUCAGCUAAAAAAUGUUUCACCGCUGGUCUAAUCGGCCUCACGGUAUCUGACCGAUACGCCUCCUUUAUGGCUGUUCGCGGUUCAUCCAUGUCUCCCACCCUGAAUCCCAAUAACAAGAACUCAAGUGGAUUUGUGUUUGAUGACUAUGUAUUGGUUGAGAAAUUUUGCCUUGGUAAAUACAAGUUCUCGCGGGGUGACGUCGUGGUUUUUCGUUCACCAAGUAAUUAUAAGGAGAAAAACGUGAAGAGAAUUGCUGCCUUGCCAGGUGACUGGAUCCAUCUCCCUUCACUUGACACAGUGAGGAUCCCUGAAGGACAUUGUUGGGUUGUCGGAGACAAUGCAGCUUGCAGCAUGGACUCAAGAUCACUUGGACCGAUUCCUCUUGGUUUGAUAUGUGGACGGAUUACCCAUGUCGUCUGGCCACCUCACAGAUUAGGUAGAGUUGAUGGUAAAAACAACAUACUGGCAGAAGUACAAGUUGACAUGUUAGAAGAACAUAGAGACUGAUUAUUUAUGGUUCACACACCAGCCAACAAGUGCUAUACGCGGCGGCUGGGCAACGGUGGCUUGUCUUUCUUGAGAUUUUACCUCUUUAUUUAUACCCAUAUUUUAUUGUUUAUUAUGAUACAAAGCGUGGCCUUCUACAUUUGGAGGCCCGCCCCAAUUAGAAGAACCUUAUCCGGAUCACAUUUUUUGUGCUGAGAUAUAAAAAAUUUGACACAA